AUGGCUGAGAGAGAAUUCUUUCUUCCCAGUUUCAUCGGCCAAAUCAUUUCUUUCUCGGACCCUGACUCCCGCUGGAGACUCACCUGCAAGCUGCGCGAGAAGUAUAGCCAGCUCACAUACAACGACACUCUUAUAUGGCCAAACAAGCCUGGUGAAGCUUAUGGCACAUUCCUGUGCACGAACUGCGAUGACGCGAGCCACGAGGCCGUCAUGCGCAUUGUGAUGCAGUAA